AUCAUCCGUUUCAUCCUUUGCAACUUAACAAUUCUUCCGCUCGACCGUAUAAAAUAUUCCAGAAUUCUCCAGUUCUUUAUAUAUAUACACACAUAUCUACGAUCAUAAUCUUCUCUCUCUCUCUGAUACAUACAAACAAUUCUAUUUCCUCCUCCUCUAAAUUGAUCAAGAUUUUGUUGAUAUUGCAUGGCAGUGAGUUUCCUGAAUCGAGAAGUAUCAGAUUUGUGCCUUGGAAAGCCGGCGCUUAGGUGGAUCAACGCGGACGCCACCGUCUCCGAAGCCUUGACGGCGCUGAAGAGAUCUGAAGAGACCUAUUUGAGCGUGUGGAAAUGUUGUGCUGACGAGUCUUGCGUAUGCCUGGGGAAGAUUUGCACGGCGGAUGUGAUUUGCUUUCUUUGCAGAAAGGAGAAUUUGGUCAAUCCUUUUAAGGCUUUUGAGGCUACGGUUUCUGAUAUUUUGCCGAAAGGAGUUUUUGUUGUCAGGCAUUUGGAUCCUAAAUCCAGCUUGUUGGAGGCAAUAGAUUGCAUCCUUGAAGGGGCUCAGAACCUGGUGAUACCCAUUCAAAACCAGAAAAGCACAUAUUCAAGAAAGAAAUUCCUCAACAAACCAUCCUCAUACUGUUGGAUAACAUCGGAAGACGUCAUCCGGUUCCUUCUCAAUUCUAUCGGAAUCUUCUCCCCGAUCCCGACCUCAACUAUUGAAUCGCUGAAUGUCAUUGAACGAGACAUCAUGACCGUGCACUACCACGAUCCUGCGAUAUCUGCAUUGGAUUACAUUACUCGUGCUCUUGUGCAGCAAACGUUGGUUGCUGUUGUUGAUGUUGAGAACAGAAUAAUAGGAGAAAUUUCGCCCCUCUCUCUUGCUUGUUGUGAUGAAACAGCUGCAGCAGCCAUUGCUACUCUUUCGGCCGGUGAUCUCAUGUCGUACAUGGAUUACGGUGGUCCACCAGAGGAUUUAGUCGAGAUGGUGAAAAUGAAGCUGGAAGAGAGAAAUUUUGGGGCAAUGUUGGAACUAGUGGAGGAAUACGCUCAUUCUACAGUGUCAUCUUCGUCUUCUUGUUGUUCUUCCGAAGACGAGUUGGGUCCCGUGUCCAGUUCGGGGUCGAGUAGGCAUGGCAAGGCAGGGCGGCAUUUCCCUGCGAGGAGUUCCGAGACGAUUUUGUGCAAUCCAAGGAGUUCUUUAGUGGCUGUAAUGAUCCAAGCACUUGCACACAGAGUGAGCUGUAUUUGGGUUGUGGGAGAGGAUCAUACUUUGGUUGGAGCUGUAACAUUUGCCGGGAUGUUGAAAGUCUUCCGGAGUGUCGCCAGAGAUCAUAAACCGGAGAGCGGGAAUUUGUUUAUGCAAUAACAAAUUCAACAGAAUUAAACAGAAUCAUUUUAUAUUAAGUGCAUGUUUGAUAUAUGGAUUUGAUAGUAUAAUGAACAACAUAUUUAAUACUAUUCAUUGCUAUCAAAUAUUCCUGGAAAAAAUGGCAAAAGUGAUUAUUGGAAGAAAGCUAUCUUGAUUGAAUUUGAAUAGAAAAGUGCCCAGUGGGGCUUUGCAGUGCAA